AUGGCAUUGGUAAUAAUAUUGAAGAAAUUAGGAGGCGUGGGAUUCAUCGUACAUUGUAAGAUUUUGAACACGGUGAUGGAAUGUGAACCGAUUUCAAACAGAGUCAUACGGAUCAGAAUACGGGCAGCUCCACGAAACCUGUCAGUUAUACAAGUAUAUGCUCCAACUUCAGAUUGCAAUGAAGAUGAACUUGAAAUGUUCUACCAUCAGCUUGAAGCAACAAUGAAAAACAUCCCCAAGAAGGAUAUCUUCAUCGUGAUGGGAGAUUGGAAUGCUAAGAUAGGAUCAGAUGCACAUGCAGAAAGGCCUGGAACGGCUGGAAAGUUUGGACUAGGAUGCACAAACGAGAGAGGCCUAAGGUUGCUGGAGUUUGCGAAGUUACAUAACAUGGUUAUUGUCAACACUAAGUACAAACAUAAGAUAUCAAGAAGAGUGACAUGGGUUGCUCCAGAUGGCAUCACUAAGAACCAGAUUGACUACAUCCUGGUUGAAAAGAAAUGGUCUAGUAGCAUAAACGGUCACAAAACAAGAUAUUUCCCAGGAGCUGAUGUGGGCAGUGACCACAAUCUUGUUAUGGCAACAAUGAAGUUGAAAUCAAAGAAAAUACGACCCCCAUAUUCGAGGAUAAAAUAUGACACCAGCCAACUGAGAAAUGCAGACACUGGAAACCUUUAA